AUGGCGGCCGCCGCCGCCCCCGCUCCGGCCCGGGGGCCGCGCGCCCGCCGCCCCGCUCGCUUCCGCACCGCGGGCCGCCCUGGGUCCGGCCCGCCGCCUGCACCGCGCCGCGCCGGGUCCCGUCCGCCCGCCUGCACGCCCGGGCGCCGCCCACCGUCGACCGCAACUAUCGCAUGGUGUAUCACCUCAAGACUAACUCGGCUGCGACAGAGCCCUUUGGAGGUUUCCAGUCCCACCCCGUUGUGCGAGGAGGAUGUUCGGGGUCUGGUGUGCCAGACGCGCUCGUCCAAAUCCAUCUCGAAGGCCGCCUACCACCGCGGGGUGGUGAUCGUGACCUGCCCCGGCUGCGGGAACCACCACGUCAUCGCCGACAACCUGGGCUGGUUCUCCGACCUGCAGGGAAAGAGGAACAUCGAGGAGAUCCUGGCAGCCAAAGGGGAGAAGGUGAGACGUGUGGCUGGUGAGGAAGCUCUGGAAUUGCUGCUGGAAAGCUCGGCAGAGCCCGAGUCCCAAGGUCAGCUGGCAGAGGGGGACAGCAAGGAAGCCCCCCCAGAGCCUGGCAGCAAGGGACAGACCUGACACAUGGGGCUGUGACCUGUGGGACAGACCUGACACGUGGGAUUUGGGUUGCUCUGCUGGUGCUAAGAGACUCUUCACCUUCAUUCCCUGAUUUCCACAGUCUGUAUUUAAAAUAAAUUUGUGUGUGGGUUUUUCUCUGU